GUCUUUUAGAUUUAGUUUGUAAUGACAAUUAGUGUUUAUUCGUUGUAAAUUGUGUCAUUUUAGAUUUGUUUUACCUCCACUAAAAAUUUAUUAAAAUUUCUAGUAUUGGAUACAUUAUGCACUUACGUGUGUAUGAAUGUAUUCAAGAAAAAUCUCAAAAAAGCAUUUUUUUAUUUGUAGCAAUUGAAUUAGGGCACCGUUUUGCUGAAAGCCAAAAUGCUGAUUUUCCAGAUAAUUCAGGAGGUAAUCUAAUUUCAACGCCAGCUUUCAGUCACCAACAUUGGAAAGAAGUCGGGGGUAAAAAAAUGGUUCAGUAUAAUGCCACCAAUAGCUUGGAUGGAGUACCGUUUAAUUUGUCGACUAUGAUUCAUACUAAUAAUUUUUUCGAAAGUCAACAGUCAAAAGUAGAUCACAUAUUAGCUGCUUUUACUAGAUUAGCUUCGGUAGAAAAUGCAAAAGGAUACGAUUUUGCUUUAGAAAAAAAUGUAGUAGAUAUAUAAAAUUUGAAUUUAUUCAAUGCUAUCGGAUAAAUUAUUCAUACAUAUAGAAAUACAUGUACAUGCAUAUGUACAAAUAUUUCCAAAUGUUGCAAACCCGGGACUAAAUUUAGGAUUCGAAAAUUUUUUUGAACAAAAAUUUAAAAGUACUUCAUUAAUAUCAAAUAACCAAAGAAGGUAAAAAAAGUAUUUAUACACUACAUAAUGUGGUUGAACUUUUGGCGCUGAGUCUUAUUAAAGAUACCAAUUUAAAAUUUUGUUCAAAUAAAAUUUCCUUUAUUCAAACAGUUUUUUCAAUUUUGCUAUCCACAAAAAAAUUCUAAGUUUAAUAUAACAAAAAAUAACAUCAAAAAUGUAUUCAUACACUCUGACAUUAAUGAAUAAAAUUUAUUGCAAAAAUUUAUUUAAUUAUUAAUAAUAUUUCGUAUUGCCGUUUGCUUCUGUUACAGCUUUUAAGCGGUUUUUCAUACUGCUCACCAAUUUAUGGUCUUGAGCUUUUAUAUUUCCCUAUUCUUGUAACACUUUAAGGGAUGCUGCGGAAGUAAUUCCGUGUUUCCGGAUUCGGCUUUCCAAAAACUCCCAUGUUUUAUUGGGCUUAAAUCAUGUUCGGAAGUCUGUGUUUAGAGUCGUUAUCUUGCUGAAACAUGUAUGACCGCACAUUAAGACCCAAUUUUUCAGCAUUGAGCUUUAAAUUGUUCUAUAAAAUAUUCAAGUAACCAUUCUUAUUCAUAGUGUGGUUAAUAAACGGUUACUCAACCAAGUAGCACCUAUACAGUCCCAUACUAUUACGUUACCGACAUCAUGUUUCACUGUUGGCUCAACGUUUCCUUUGUUGAAAUUUGCACUUCUCCAUUCUUUUCAGUGGCCAUCAAUUCUAAAGAUUUAAUUGCCUUUAUCGCUAAAAUUACGUUGUUCCAGAAGUCAUCGAAUUUAUUUAUGUGCGUUUUAGCAAAUUUAGUCGUUUUAUUUUGUUGAUGUUCGAUAUUAAUGGGUUUUUUCUAAUUGAACGCGACUUAAAACCGGCAUUAUGUAGAAUAUUUCGAAUAGUUUGAGCAUUGGAAUUUUUAGCUUUGUACCCACUGUACAUGUUUUUCAUUGUUUGAUAUUAAUGAAGUACUUUUAAUUUUUCCUUAAGAAUUUGAAUCUUCUAUGUGUUGUCUCACAGAAAAGGCCGAAAUUUUUGAUUCUUUUUUUAACAUGUUGAUAUCACGCUGUUCCUUCAAACUAAAUAUUUUUGGUCGAACACUUCGGGGUUUUAUUGCUGUUUUUCGAUUUUUAUAAUUUUUUAUAGCAUGUUGAACCGUAGCACGAGUUGCACCUAUACUGGCUCCAAUUUUCUCUGAGAUUUUUUCUCAAAAUGUGGCUUUACAAUUAAGUUACGCAUGUCUGAUGAAAGCUCUUUGCCUCUGCCCAAAAUACUUUAAUAAUGUAAUUUUGGUCAAAAAAAUAUAUUACUAUUGCAAUAAAGUUUUAAAUAUUGAAUUUUAAUGAAAAAAAAAAUUGAAA